GAAACGGUGUUUUCAGUCAGAGAGAAAAAGGAAACAACUCCCCAAAACUGUUCUCUCGUCUUCUUUUUCUCUGGUUCUGUUUUUCUAGCAAAGGGUUAUCUCUCAGAUCUGGAACCGAUGCCUCCGAUUCUGCUUCCUCCCCGGUUGAUUGCGUUUGGUCACGAGCCUCGCGGCGAGAGGGUUAAUGUGUAUCAUAAGAUGAAAACCCUUUGCUCUAUCUUCAACGCUCUCGACGAUGGUGAACGGCAGUUCCUUUCUCGAUCCACAUUCGGUCAAUUAUUGGAGUUUCCUAACAAACCCGCCUGGUCUGCGAGCUUUGGGAUUUUUAUAUUGGGUAGACAGUUGGAGGUGGCGAAGCCGAACGAGAUUUGGGUGCUCUUUGCCGGAAUUCCUAUUCGUUUUUCUUUGAGAGAGUUCAAGAUUGUUACGGGUUUACCUUGUGGGAAGUAUCCGGCUUUGAAGAAGAAAAAGAAGAAAGGCACUGCGGGGAUGACGAUUCCAUUUUACAGUAAGUUGUUUGGCCUUGAAGAAGAUGUAACUGUAGACCAGGCUAUUACGAUGUUGAAGAAAAGGAUUAUCUCCGAUGCCGAUAUGAGGAUCCGAUGUGCUUGCUUAGCGAUUGUCGAUGGUUUCCUUGUCCCUACCUUUCAUUAUCCUAAGAUUGUUAAAGCUCACGCCGAAAUGGUUGAGGACGUGAAUGCAUUUCUUGCUUACCCUUGGGGCCGUCUCUCUUUCGAGAUGAUGAUUAAGUCGAUAAAAGAGAGGGAAAUUGAACAAUUAGCAAUUACUUGUUUUAGCGUUCAGGGGUUGUUAUACGCUCUGCAAUUGGUUGUCUUACAGGCAGCUCCAUCUAUUCAAGAUGGACCUGUAAUUGAUGAGAUCAUUGAGUCUGAAACUGAAGCCGGCGAUGUCGAUGUUGAAGAUGCCCCUCGAGAGUCUGUCCCUUUCAAGCUAGGGAAUGCUAAAGUGUUGGAUAAGAAAUGCUCAGUAAUGUACUUAUCUCUUUAACUUUGUUAACAUUUAUCGAGAUUGUUAUCAGUAUAUUUUGUACAAGUUUCCGAUAAUUAUGUUGUUAAUCACUAACG